AUGGCGCUGGGGCUGGAGGAGGCCUUCGGGGCGGCGGGGGAGUUCGGCGGCGGGCAGCGGCGGCUCACCGCCUUCCUGGUGCUCCUGCAGGUGUAUGUGGCCUGUCAGUCGAUGCUUAUUGUGCUUGUGGGAGCUGUGCCCAAGUAUCAUAUAGACCAAGCAGUAAUUCCAGCGAGCAGAGCUGAGCUUGCCAGGCACAUCCAUUUUGUGGACAACUUCACAUCUAUCGUGACUGAGUGGUACCUAAUUGAACAAGAAGCCUACAAAGUAAACCUUGCAUCAUCCCUGUUUUUUGCUGGAUUGCUUAUUGGAAAUAUCACAUUUGGACCUUUGUCAGAUAAACUGGGCAGGAAACCGGUGUAUAUUUCAGGUCUAUUUUUUGAUGUUGUUUUUGGGUAUGUCACAGCAUUGGCUCCGAAUUAUGACAUAUUUGCAGUUUCACGUUUUUUUGUUGGAAUUGUGAACGGUGGAAUGGCUCUUGUGUCUUUUGUCCUAACACAAGAAUAUGUAGGAAAAUCAUUUUGGUCAUUUACAGGUUCAUUAACUAAUUUGACGUUUGCAGUUGGCAUUGCAGUUUAUGCUUUAUUGGGUUACUAUGUAAGAGAAUGGCGCAACCUCGCCUUGAUAUCAAAUACUCCAGGAGUCUUCUUCCUCCUUCUUUCUUUUAUGCUCCCAGAAUCACCACGAUGGCUGUAUUCCCAAGGGAAAAUGGCAGAAGCUGAAGAUGUGUUGCAAUAUAUUGCCCUUGGUAAUGGAAAAGAGAGAUUAAAUAUAAAAUUAAAACCAAGUGCAGGAACUUUGAGAAGGGACGAAUCGGCACCUGGUAUCUUAAACUUAGUAAAACAUCCAGUGCUUCGGUGGCGAACCGUCAUCCUGAUGUACAUCUGGUAUGUCUGCAGCUUGGUGUACUAUGGACUAACUUUAAAUGCUGGUGAAUUAAGAGGAAAUCUGUAUUUAAAUGUGGCUCUUUCUGGUCUUGUCGAAGUUCCAGCGUUUCCUCUCUGCAUGUUUUUCAUUGAGAAGUCCUGGUCUGGAAGACGUAAAACUACAACAUGUUUUCUGGUAUUUGCAGGAUUUGCUUGUAUAUUUACCAUGUUUUUACCAACAAGUGCUGGUCUACUCCUCGGCCCCACUUUGUUAGCUUUGUGUGGAAAAAUGAUGGUCAGCGCUGCUUUCAACAUCAUGUAUAUUUAUACAUCUGAACUGUACCCAACAGUACUGAGAAAUGCUGGCUUGGGUGUGUGUUCCAUGUCUUGCAGAUUUGGGGGCAUCUUGGCUCCAUUUGUGCCAUCUAUGAAAUCUCUUAGUCCUUCUGUACCGUUUGUGGUGUUUGGAAUCAGUGGACUGUCAGCGGGAUUCCUGACUCUCCUUCUGCCGGAAACACUAAAUAAGCCAAUUGCUGAGAGCAUCGAAGAUCUCCAGAGUCCCAAAUACCAAGUGCUCACAGACACGGAGGCAGAGGAAGCCAGUUAGAAGAAAACACUUAACUUCCAGAAGGCCAGUCUGUCAUGGAAAAUGAAGCUUCCAUGGAGACGGUGCUAUAAAAGUUGAAGGGCAGAGUCUUGCUCUAUGUAUCUGACAAGAAAUGUUGGAGGACUCAUGUAUAAUGCUGUUUGUAGCAUGUUGAACAGUUUGAUGUGGAGGCAAAUUGAGAAGAUGGAAGAUGUUGAUCAAAGCUUGUGAGAAAAGAGGUGACAAAUCUGUGCAUUUAUUUAAUGACUUAACAAAAGCGUACUUGGGAUCUUUGGACUUCUCAACGGCUUCUUAAAAUGGAGUAUUAAUUUAUUGUUACAAAACGUAACUGCUAGCUUCAGAUUAAGCUAUAAUGUUACAAUUGAAGUGAUGUGUAUAAUUUAAAAUUCAGAUGGCCUUAUAUACAUUCCUGCAAGCUGUAAUCAUGAAAAGUAACAGCAUCCUGUUUAUGCUAAUUUUCUCUACAGGGUUUUUUGCCUCUAAUAUACAGUAUAUAUACCUCAUGAUGCGAAGAGACCAAAGAUUUUUAUGGGUUGUUGGCCUUAGUAUGUCUAGCAUUAGAAACCUGAACAGGAGAUCUGAAAGGGGAGUGGAAAAUAGAUUUUAUUGUGGAAGUAAUUUUUAAAUACAGUUGUACGUGAAAAGAUACAUAAAGUUAAAAAUUAUGUCAGAUCUUUAAGAGGUGCAUUUGAAGAGGAUGAGUAAGCUUUUAGACAAAGGUUAUUAAGUUUUAGCUGUACAUGUGAAAUUAGAAACUGAGUUAUAUAUUGUAUAAUAUAUGUAAUAGUAUGUAAUCCAGUACAUUUCACGUAUGAAUUGGGAAUUCUUCCUGCAAGGGGGGAGGGAUGUUUUGUUAACAGUUAAUAUAUUAACUUUGGAAUAAAUGCAUCACAAAUGUUACAGUUUUUUGAUGGCCAACACAACUUUGUUAUUAAAAAGAAAAUUAUUGA